CAAAUUUUCAAAAUGACCAAGCAAAUUCGACGGGCCUACUACGAGAAGCUGAUUGACAACAGAGCUUUGCAUCAUCCAGAUCUGUCCAGCUCGCUGGAGGUAUCACUUCUUGGUUGUGCAACCGUUUGCCUUUUGCAUGCAGUUUGUACCACGUUUGAUACUUGUGACAAAGGCAAUGGUAUUACGUGCCAGGGGAGUCGCAGAGAGGGCACCUGUAUGGAGAAGGAGGAGGCUUUUUUCAAGCCAAGGUGCAGGCUAUUUCAAAGAAAGUAUUCUGUCAUUGUUGGAAUCAUCCUUUUGGUUGAAAUCGUUGCCGUUAUCCUUGCUGCUGUCUACUACGAUCAGACGAAAAAAGAAAUGGCCGCAUAUCUAAAUCUUACGAUCAUCGACAAAUACUACGGCACUCCAUUUACCUCUGAGCCGCUGUCUCUUGCCUGGGACUUUCUACAUAUCACAUUCUCCUGCUGCGGUCUUGACAACUACACCGAUUUUGCCUCUGCCACCAACUGGAACAAAACUUCUGCAGCCGGCUCCAUGGUUAUACCGCCAUCUUGUUGUAAAGUCCAGGACGCGAGCACCUUCCCAACCUUUACGUUGACCGACACUAACUGUCCAUACAAUCCUUCCACGACCAACUCAAACUACCAGACUACUUGCUACGCUUCGCUGAUGAGCUACGUCCAGACUUACUCCAUCGCAAUAAUAGCUGUAACAUCAUCCGUGGCCGUCCUGCAACUAAUCGUCAUCAUAGCUGCAUGUUGCCUCUGUCGGGCCAUUGGAGGGGACUCAGAUACACGCGCCUAAUUCUAACAGAGAAGCUUCCGCAUCUAACAGUGAACUCAUAACUGCAUUCACCAAUUUCCGAAAUCAAAAUCACCCGUCGGGAACUAAUCCCAGAUACUGCCUUCUGAUUGGCUCGGGUUUCUUGAACUUUCCGGUCACUUUCUGGGUUCUGGGGUAUAUGUUAAACCUUCGUUCUCUCCAUCAAAAACACGGAAAAACUCGGUUGUUUUCGCGAACUUCAUUAACAACAUAACUACUGAGGCUUGAUUCUACUGCAGCAGUUUACCAUCGAAACCUGAGAGUUUCUGCCGUUAAUUUGAACCAGAAAUUUGCUGCUCACACGUUUCUGAACUGCUGCAGCGGAAUCGGGCCUUUACACUCCUGGAAAAAGUCUUGCAAACACAUCAACCAACAUUCAACCUAUAUUUUCGGUUGUUUCCAAAUUAGUGAUUAAAAGCCGUCCAUUUUCAGUCCUGCAUGACGUCACUGAUGAGUUUUGUGCAGACUUACUCCGUCGUCAUUAUCGCUGUGGCAUCAACCGUGGCGUUCAUACAGCUUCUUGUAAUUAUUGCCGCCUGCUGCUUCUGCCGGGCCAUCGGCACUGAAUCCGAUAAAUAGGAAGUUAAUAGAGAGGUUGCGCUUUCAAAACGUAUACGUAAAGAAAACGUGAAUACAGAUGUUGCUCCAAUGCAAAUCUUUUGAUUUUAACGAACGGCAUAGGCCUUCACGAACCCGUCACAUGGACUAUAUAAUAAAUAGGUAACGAGAAUUGAUGUACAUGUAAUAGCUUUAAUAAAUUGUUUUAGGUUGUAAAUAUUCAUACAUGGUUGGUAAUUAAAAACUU